AGAAGAAUUGCAGUCCCAUCGAACGGAUCAGGCAGGAGACGGAACCGAAACCGCUCCCCUUGUUGUGCGCGAGAGCCGAGAGUCGCGACCAGUGAAAGAUUGUAAGCAAGUGGAAGCAAGUGGAGUUUCGAUAGACUGGAUAGACGGUGUCUUUCGGGAUAGGGCCUGUUGGAAGGUAAAUUCCACCCGCCCCGUUUUGAAGUGUUGUAGUUCGGUUUCGGGAACUGUGUGUGGACAGUGGAAGCUUUAAGAAACGUGAAACGAUAUCCGGAAACUCAAAGGACUUUUGGAUUUCAGUUUCACCAUCGAUUCGAGCUAGUAAGGUGUUGAAAGUGACACUGUCCAGUGGGGAGGAAAAUUUUCGUGGAAAAUCGACAAGCUGGAUUUCGGUGAAACGGGAUUGAAGAUUUCGGCCAAGGACGAGGCGUGAAAGAAUAAAAGCCAAAACUUAAAUCGCGAAGUUUGAAAAAAUUCGACUGUGUCGAACGUUGGAAUCAAUACUGGGCAGGGUAAAGUUUUUCCCAGUGCAAGGCGUGGAAGAAAAAUCUGUUCGGAUUUGGAUGAAGGAUUUUUAAGAGAAGACAGUGCUUCGGUUUCUGGAUUAUCCCUAAUCCUAGCGUGUUCGUGUACCGUGUUUCAAACAGGGAAAAUGAACACCGGUUUUAACAAAUCACAGUAAAUCCCAAUAAGUCAGUCAAGAGAAAACUUCCUCUGACUCUAGCCCCUCUUCUGCGCACAAACCACAUUCUGCGCACUUUGCCGAAUGCUGUGACCGUUGUGACCCUACGCGAGCUCAAGUGGUCCCUACCAUGAUCCACCGGAAAUGGAGCUCCGAUCACAACCGACAGCGUCAUCGACUUUCCUCGAAUCAGCGGCAAAACCCGGACCGGCAUCAAUCGCUGUCGCUGUCUUCGUCGCCGUCGUCAGCCCAAAGGCAUCAGUAACUGCCUUUGGACGAUUCGUAGCCAGUUCUUGACAGCGGCUGACCGAAGUCCCACUGAAAAGACCUUACCACCCGAAACGCGGGGAAUUUCUUCGGUUUUUUUUUAUCCUACGAUAAUUAGCUCACUCUUCUGCUUCCAUUCGGCAUAGUGGACUCCAAGCUUUGUCGACGCUCAAUCUAGAUCGAAAAUCAACGUUAGUGAAACCGGCGCCCAGUUUUUUAUAAUCUACGUAUUGCGAAAUUAGUGAUUGCGGAACACGGAAACAGUUCAAUAAAACUCAAAAGAUAUAGGAAAUCGGAGAAGAUUUUUAAAGUGCCGAAAUCAACAGAAGAAGAAACAGAGAUCCAGUAUUGAUUACACUUUCUUGACGAGAAGUUUUAUAGUGAAUGGGAAGUAACGACCUUAGCCGAUACAGUUGAUGCAGUUUAUAAAAUAAUCAGUAAAAAUAGCCCAUAGAGUGUAUAACUGAGAAGCACAGUUUGUGUUGUGGGGGAAUUGUUAUACUUAGUGAGUAUAUGUAAGAAAAAAUCCCGAAUCCCGAAAGUGAGACAUCCGUGGUGAAGUAGUGAAUUUGUUGAAACGCCAGUCGUAUCGUUCGAAGAAAUCAAAGAGGAAAACAGGAAGCGUUCGUGAAGGUUGUUACAGAAGAAUACAUUCUAAGAAGGUUUCGUGCUAAAACUAAAAGUUGGAUAUAAACCGUCAAAGGAUAACCGUUUUUGAUUCACCCUUCCAGUGGAUAGUUGUUUGUUGUUGUUCAUGUUAUCACUGCAUGGAAGCACUGCUAUGGAUGAUUCAGGGCUUCCACCUUUCGAGGGGUUUCCCGAUGUAAACAUUUUCUAGGCGCUGUUGUGUCAACGAUUCGAAAGCGGACGAUAUGGGCACAGCAUGGCCUCAGAAGUAUCAUUCAUCGAGAGGACAUGCCAGCGCCAUUCUAGCCCAGACACAGACCUUCUCGCACGUGGCCCCAGCGAAUGCAACGACUCAGCAGACGAUAGUAGAACGUUCGGUGCAGUGCCGGCGACCGCCCUCGCCAACCCGUUCGAAACCGACGAGGCAAGGUAUCGCAGACACAUUUUCACAUGGUUGCACGACAAAAAGCGAAUCCAAUGGCGGCUCAGGUGCGGUCGGUGCAGACCUUUACGGUGGCCCAGUGGACGACCGGAGCUCGAACGCUCGACAAGCACAGUACACCUGCGUCGUCACCGACGCAUCCUACGUCGACGAAACGUGCCCGGUAGCGGCAGAGCUACCGCUCUGUCUGUGGUGGCUGCUACUCGUAAAGGCAAUCUUUUCUACACUAAACAGCCCUGGUCACUGCUGGUCAAGGUCACCCGCGGUAGGGUGGCCACUCGCCACUGCCGGCGACCAGGGAAGCAUAAAAGCGCUUCGCCAAAGUUCUGCAGCAGCCCAGAUAACAACAACAACCAUGAAUGCUUCCAAUCAAGUAACACUAAACAGAUUCAUACGUUUAACGGUAACACUUUUGAUAACACGAACUCUAUUGUUAAGAAGACUAGUGCUUGCCACCGCCGUAGUGGCCCUGCUGUCCGACCGGAACCAGACGAACAAGAUACAACCGAACGCUGCCAUAGUAAUCAGUACAGUAAGACGAAGACGCUGCCGUUUGCGACCGAACUGGCCACAGCCGUACGACUACUCCAACUGCUGCUGGUCAUCCUCGUGUCGACAUCCACUUCCGUAUUCAGCGGCAUCGGCAUCAGCAACGACAGUAGUAGCAAUCAUUUCUCACUCAGUGCCACGUCAGCAGCUUGGCGACGACAAAGACGAAACCGGGAGCUACAGCCCCAGCAGCAACCUGGUGAGGCUGGUAGCUGCAGUCCCAGUAGUAGCAGUUAUGAAAGGAGUUGCAGCGAAGACGGCGAAAACGACGACGAUGCCAGAGAGGAUUCCACCGGAGACGAACGGCUGCUUCGACGAAGAAGUGGCCGACGGGGAUGGCAUCGAAUGCGGUCACCAGGUGCAGGCUGCACGGCGAUCGCAACCGGCGGGGUUCAGAAAGUGGUCCGACUGUUCCUGCCAGCACUGCUCAUUGUUAACAUGUUCACGUUUCUCCAUGGAGCGUCGGGUGCCGAUUUCAUUGUAGACGCUUCGGUCGGGGUCGCCGUUGCCAGUGCGUACUCGGACUCGCGAUCCCGUAUGGUGCAGUAUUUGGAACCCCUGUCCAGACCUACCAAGGCACCAAAGUGUGAUCAAACGUUCGUGUCCCGGAGUGGCGGUCCCUCGAAUGGUACCUUCAGCGCCCCGAUGCUCGCCAACCCGACGAACCAUUCACGCCAGUGUCUGUACAUCUUCCUAGCAGGUCCCGGCCAGCGAGUUGACGUCACCUUCACGUCGUUCAACCUAAGAGGAUCGCCACCGGACGGAUCGGCAGUUGGUGAGCUUCCAGCCUGCGUCCAUGAGUACAUGGACGUGUACGCCGAAGUGCAGUCAUCCGACCCGGCCGAACUGAUCAACUCGCCCUUCGGUGGACGCUACUGUGGACCUAUACCGCCACGUCGUCGUAUUUCAUUAUAUCGUGCUAUUGCAUUGUCAUUUUAUACGGAUAAAAACUCGACAACACCUGAUAUAUUCGAGGGUCGAUAUGCCUUUAUUAAUGAAUCUGAAUAUGAGAUUGGUCAGCCAGUAAUUGGGUCGCCAUGUUCCUAUGUAAUUAAUUUUGCUCAGAAACGUACGGGUGCUAUUAUAUCACCAACUUAUCCAGGUGCCUAUCCAAAAGAUAUGUCGUGCACAUAUCAGUUUAUUGGAAAACCGAACCAGCGAGUGCGAAUCGAGUUCCGUGACUUCGACCUGUUCUUCGGUGGACCGCACUGUCCAUUCGACUACGUCCGGGUGUUCGACGGGCAGGACAACACUUCCGCCGUGAUCGGGACGUACUGCGGCCAACAGAGGAACUUGGUCCUCUACUCGAGCGAGCAGUUUCUGUUCGUGCACUUUUCGACGCUGCAACGAACCGCCAACACGCAGAACCGUGGUUUUAAGGGAAUUUUUGAAUUUAGUGAAAGUUUUGUUAAAUUAGAUUUUAUUCGAGAAAACGAUGGAAUGCAUAUACGAGGCUCCGAAUGUGAUCAGAAAAUCUUAUCGAAAAAAGAAUCGACCGGAUACGUAUACUCGCCGAAUUAUCCUUUUCCGUAUAUACCGAAAGUAGUUUGUAGAUAUUUCGUUUACGGUAUGCAAGACGCUCAGAACCUCGAACGGGUGAAGCUUGAGUUUUCGAUUUUCGAAAUUCCGAAAGGCGAACAGAAGGGCGAUUCCAACUGCACGGAUGGCUACCUUAAGGUCUACUUGAAGGGCCAGGAGGUAGCAGAUGCGUACGAUAAAUUCGAUCACGAGCUGUGCGGUAACGAGAUUCCGCACGCGGUCAUCAGCGACGGUCCUCGACUGGUGAUGGUGUUCAGUUCCGGUGACUUUCAGGGGCGUGGUUUCAAGGCGAAGUAUACCUUCGAAACGGAGUACAAAAUACCGGGAACGGCCGCUCCGGACGGCACCUGCAGCUUUACGUAUCGGAGCACUUCGCGCAAGAAGGGCGAGUUCAACAGCCCUCGGUACCCGUCGAACUAUCCAUCGGAGACGAACUGUUCGUACGUCUUUUUGGCAACUCCGAACGAGCAAGUCACGAUAGUGUUCGAUCACUUCAAGGUCAAAGCCGACGGUGCUAAUACGACCUUUGGAGCGUACGGAGCUUCCGUGUGCUUCGAAGACUGGCUGGAAAUGUACGUCCUGUACCGGGACGGAUCGGAUCGGUUCCUGGGGAGGUACUGUAGCCUAACGGCUCCAGGGCCGGUAGAAAGCCCACGUGGAGCGGUGGGCAUACGGGUGGUGUUGCACACGGAUCAGGAAAACGUGGCCAGCGGCUUCAAAGCACGGUACAUAUUCGAAACUGCCAAAUCGGUGUUCGGUGACUGCGGGGGAAAUUAUUCCGGUGAAGACUCCGGCAUCGUGGCGUCGCCGAACUUUCCCGCAAACUACGACGCUCCCAGCAAGGGGCUGGCUUCGCGCGCUUGCAAUUGGUACAUCACGGCACGGAUAGGGUACAAGAUCAUGCUGUACUUCGACUACUUUGCCAUCGAGGGAGAACCUGCUACUCGGGGUUGUGCAGCGGCCGUCCUACGCCUGUGGCUGUCACCGGACUCCGAUAUGCCUCCUAUAGAGAUGUGCGGAGAAAAGCCCGCCAUGGAAAACUGGCAGUACGUAACCCAAGGCCAAACCGCACGAAUCAGUUUCACCAGUGCGGAUAAGGCCAUUGGUGCACAGGGCUUCCGCAUAAUCUGGACCGAGGUGCAGGAAACUCCCGUGGGGUCAAGUUCUACGCUGUCGCUGCUGUGCGAAUCGACGUACCACUGGCAGUGCCAGAUUUCCGGCUUCUGCCUCUCGGAUCGGUUGCGCUGCGAUGGCGUCAAAAACUGCGGCGCCUCGGACAAUAGCGAUGAAAUGCACUGCACCAUCAUCAUUCCCGAGGAGGAUCACGGCGCUCUAAUAAUAAGCUGCAUAGCCGCCGCCUCGUUCCUAAUCUGUCUCCUCUGCACUCUCUGUCAUCGAAAAAGAAAACGCAGACAUCACAGACAGCUGGGGCUGCAUAGGAACGCGGCCCACUACGACUCGACGACCAGCGCGACCGGGAUCAGUUUGGGUUCCAGCAGGCGGCAUCUGCAGGCCGGUGGUAGCCUUUCCGGCAGUUUACACGGCAUCAACAAUAGCGAACCGAUGCAGAUCCCGCCGGCACCACUGCCACCCGUUAGUGUACCGCCCCAUGUGUGCAUCAACGACACCCUGCUGGAUCCGGACGACCUGAAUGAUGACCUGUUUGUGAACAGCUGCGACCGCUUCGACGACAACGGCGAGUGUGUAUAGCGGUGAGCGAGACCGACGACGGCGAGGAGGCUACUUUACCAACGUUGCAGCAUUUGCCGCUUCUGUCAGCACCUUUACCGGGGACAAUACUGUUGCUCGUUUUAUUACUAUUACCCGUACGAUUACUGCUCCUCGCUGUUUGCUAUGCUGUGUUUCGGUAGCAGCAGUGCCACAAGUGCCGACAGCUCUCGUCGACUAACGAGCACCAUUAGAAACAACAUCAACGAAGACAGCAACUCCCCAGCAAUCCGAAGCCACCAACUCAUCAACGAUGAAUACGGAAACUAUUACCAGCAAAGCUACUAUCAUAACAAUCACCAGCACCAGCACCACUACCACCACCAACAACAACUACAGAAAGAACAACAAGAUACGGCUAUGGCAGGCACAGCAGUUGAUAAUUUGAAAAUUAUUUACUAUUAGACGCCAUUGUUCGUGGAAUUCGUACGGCAACAGCAAGAGUUGUAAUCGACUCAUAGAUCUUCUGCUAUCGUUCGUACCCUAGCAAGCGAAGACAGAGCAGAUAAACAAGGCAUUAACAAUAACGACACAAGGAUAAAACUAACAUUAGAUAAACUAAAUAUUUUAAUUAAAAGUGAACAAAAGGUAACAGUAAAUCAAUUUUUUAUCCCAAUUAUGAAUUAACACAAUACUGUCGAGUAAAUAAUUCAUAAACACACAAAUCAAACGAUAAAGGAAUAAAAACAUUACAAGUAUAGUAAACAAGAAAAAACAAAGAUUUCAUAAAUAAUCGCAAUACAUUAUAUUUUAGUUUAGGGUUUCCAAUGUGCAAAAGGAGAAAUCGUUACAGAGCAUAGUAGAUCUAUAACUGUAACAUAGUUAUUAACGUCAUUGGGGUAACCGAAAAGAACUGUGGCGGUAGAAAUGAAACAGAAACAGGAGGAGAGAGAUAGAAAACCGCGGAAAAGGUGGUGAAGUUGUUUUAUUUGUAUAGUUCAUUUUAUAAGAAAAUCCUUUUUAAUAAAAACAAAAACCAAUUGAGAAAAAACGCGUAAACGGAUAACCAAAAACAAACACAAAAAAAAACUAGGAAAUAUUUAAAAAUUACCGAUUUACACUGUCACAUUAAACAUGGAAAUGACAGACACGAACACACAUAAGAACACAUGACAACAAGCAAAACAACAAACAUUCAUUGAUAUUAGAGGAAAAAAGAAACAAUCACACGUUCGUGAGAAAAAUCGUAGAGACACUCUAAGUAUGAAAGAAAAUCAUAAAACACACUCACACACAGACAUGGGGCAUUAAUUUGUAGAGUAAGCAAAUAAGGGAAAAGUUGUUUUUUAUAUAUUUGUACGAAGUAGUUAUUAGACAUUGAUACAGAAACAAAUAACGAUGUGUAGACUAAUUAAAACGACUAAAACAGAAAAAAACGGGAGGGAGGGGAGAAUCUGAGGCAAGAAUACAUGCAUUAAAACAUAAAGCUCAAUUUUUUUCGGAAAUAAAGUACUUGCGAACAUGGUCUCAAGUUUUUUGUUUGUUAUUAUGGGUAAACAAUUUUCUCGAAGUAAUCGUUUCAAUGUUUCUUUCAAGUAAGCGCAUGGAAUGAACUAACCACUGAAGUAGACAGAAACCAAUUAUGAUCACUCAAGUUUACGCUUACCAUGAUCUUCCCUGUAAUGCCAUAACCAAACGAAGACGAACUUGGAUAGAGAAUGUGCAACUAGUCGAAAUAAUCAAGUUUUAUAUAACCCCCGUAACGUCACAGUGACCGUCAAAACAAAUAGAGGGAAAUUUAAAUGAAGCCGUUAAACCCAAAGGAAGGCAAACAGAAAAUAAAACGAAAACACAGCACACAGAAAGUGAGCCAAUAAACAACAACUAACUGAACAAGUAAAGCAUAACAAUUAACCAUGUAAUAAAUGUGUAAAGAAACCUAAAACAACUAUUAAUUUACCAGAAGCAGGAAAGUGAGGUUAACCAAGAAUAUUAUUGCAAAAAAGUGAGCGUCCAAAGAAUAGGUAACACACAUACAUAGAUGACAACAUGUAUAGUAAACCAAACAGAAAAUUACUUAUACACAAACACAUACAUAUGCGUUCGGAAGCAGGGCUGACACAAACAACAAACGUACGUCCUCGUCAGUAUAAAGCAAAAGUAAUACUCACAAAAAAAAAACCAAAAACACACGCAAAAGUAACACAUUUCAGAUACCUACAUUGCAACUAAGGACAAACGGUAAAAUAAAGCAACAACACACAUAUGCAAACUC